ACACUAGUACUCUGGAUAUUGAACUUGUAUCUGUUGUCGAUGUUUUACAGCCUGGUCAUGUUACUAAGUAUGAGGGAAUCCAUGGCAUGUGCCACACUAGCCUUCCAACGUUCAGAAACAGUACUUGUCACUAUCAACGCUCUCAUCAUUUAUUUUCAUCACUAUCGCUAUGGCAUCUUCAAAAGCUGGCAUGCAAGAUGUUGAGAAUAACUAUUUACGCCCCACACAAUGCUUGAAUGAGCAAGACGAACACACGUUGCAGUCCAUACUUUCUUCGAAAGCACGAAACACAUCGCCUGCAUACCUUGACAGCGAUGCAGAUGCAGAGUUGUUAUUGAAUAUCGAGUUCAACCAGGCAGUUCGUGUACGAUCACUGGUCAUUCAGGCGCAGGAUCGAGGACCGGAGAAACUCAGGCUUCGUAUCAACUGCUCCGCCAUCGACUUUACCAAUUUCGAGGACUCGGAGGAUACCCAGGUCAUCGAGUUGAAGGCGGAUCAAGUCUCAAAAGAUACAACGGCAACAAAGUUGAUUACACUUCAUCCCACAAAGUUCAACCAUGUGAACUCGCUUCAUAUCCUCAUCGAAUCUGACCACGAUAAUACCAGAAUCGAUGCACUUGACAUCUUGGGUACGCUUGUCCACGCAACGAAGAAUCUUAGUGGACUUGUACAACAAGAGGAGUAGAAUGAUUAUGCAUUUCGCAACUUGUUACUUCGAGGCAAUAAUACGGAAUCAGCGCAUAACGAGCAUGAUACUGCACCCUUCUGUAACUAGAAGAUUCUCAAGCUCAAUAUUACGAAUAAUUAUUGUACUGGACUUUCAUUUCCCGUCAAUCUGAAGCCACAUACUCCACCUCUUUCGUUCUUCUUCGGAACCUUGGAACACCCAAUUGACCUUUAUUAUUUCUGAAAAGCCCUCCGUCAGUUGGGGUUCCUCGUAGUGGUUCUUG